GCAAAAGUUCUUGAUUAAAUCGAAAAGAGGAAAGGACAGCUCUUGCAUAACGGCUAUUCUGAAUUUACGAGGGAAACUAACUGCAUUUAGAUAGGAGUAUUAAAACACUAACAUAAAAGGUUGGCUCGAUACAGGUCAAGAUGAAUUUGAAGAGUCUUAACAUAGAAGUACAAUAAUAACCUAAGGUUUAAAUAUAGUUGCAACACUUUAAUUGUAUUGAGACUUUUUGAGAUAAAACUUUACACAUGAGGUCUAUUGGGUUUGAUACCAUCUAGAGAAUUGGGUCUAUAUGGUUAGGUGGAGACAAUAUCGGUGCAUGACAACCUUAGUCGUGAACAAUUGGAUUCACGAUAAAUAUAUCCAUCAAAACUGCCUGUGAAAAAACCAAUAAAUUUCAUGACCUAAACAUUACAAAUUUCACACAUCUUUCCCAAACAAGAGAAUUUACAGUUGUCCCUAGCAUUACAUUUGAAAUUCCUCAUCCAAACGAAAGGAUCGCAACCACGAAGACCGAUGAGGAAUCUGAGUGGAUUUUGAAGUUUUACUUUCAACUUCUCUCCUCUCAGACUCUUAACACAACCCGAAUUCCAAGGUGAAAAAAACCUACAGAUACAAUCAUACAAAAGAAAUACGUAGGAGGGGGAGGAGGAGGAGGAUUGAUAAAAAAAAAAAUGGCAAGGCUGUGCAAAUUGUCCGAAGAGAUGGUGGUGGAAAUUCUGUCAAGAUUGCCUCCUAAGUCUUUGAUGCGGUUCAAGUGCGUCCGUAGGUCAUGGUGCGAUCUGAUCCAGAACCCUAACUUCGUGGAGAAGCACCUUUCCAAUCCCAAACACAACAAAUUGGCCUCCUCCACUAGCAUCAUUGUCAAGCUUACCGUCCCCAAGGGCACCAACAUAAAGGACAAGGAGGAAAACUUCAUCCGCAACAAAAUCAACCUGACGCCAGAUAUGAUGGAUGUAUUUUCGUUACUUAAUCUUUUCGACGAUGUUAUUAAUGAUGGUGAUGUUCAUCAUGCUGUAACUGUUGACGUUGACAACUUCUGGUUGAGGAAACUUCCUUUUAACGUAAAAAUGUUAGGUCAUUGUGAUGGGAUCAUCUGUCUACAAUAUCCCAACGACAUUAUUGUUUUAUGCAAUCCAGCAAUCAAGGAAUUCAAGCUUCUUCCCGAGUCUUGUCUUCUUCACCCUCCAUGGCCUCGCCGUCAUUUAGGUAUUGACAAAGGAGAAGAAAUCAUCACGUAUAGCAAUGCCACGGGAUUCGGUUAUGAUUCCAAAACUAAACAGUACAAGGUUGUUAGAAUUGUCAACUUUUUGCCUAGGCCUUCUAGUGAAGAAGAAGUAUGCACGCCUAGAAGAAAAGCAGCAGUAUACACCUUGGGUACUAAUUCUUGGAGAGUGAUCGAGUGCGAUAUCAAAGUUAAUGCCUUCUAGAUGGCUUCCUUUGAUAUGUACUUCAAGGGAAUUUUUUACUGGUAUGCAGCUUCUGUUCCACAAGAUAAUGAAUUCAUCCUUUCAUUCGAUAUGAGCGAGGAGGUGUUUCAUAAUAUACCCCUUCCAGAUAACUUCCGUAACAUCAAUGGGUGGCUUAAGAGUCUUGCAGUAUGGAAUGACUCCAUUGCUCUUUUAUUAUAUAAUAGAGGAGGUGAAAGGUUCAUGGAUAAAAACACUUAAGCAUUGGAACUUUACAGGACAUUUGAUUCCACUGAAAAUUUGGAAGAGCGACGAGCUUCUGAUAGUUAGCGCUAAUGGGCAUAUAGUCUCCUACAACUUAAGCACAAAAACACGUAAGUACGUUUCUAUUCGUGGCGUGGAUAAUCCAAGAUUUAUUCAAGCUUCUGUUUAUGUGAAUAGUGUUAUUUCAGUCAAGCGAGACAACACAAUUGACAUUCUGUGAAGAGAGACAACACGCUUAAUUGAGGGCUCAGAUGUUUCUACAUACAUAGAAAGUGGUGGAUUGCCAUGGUGAAUACAUUCUUCUUUCUCAACUCAUUGUGUCCGGUGUUCAAACCCUCACCCCUCUCCAUAUUCUAGAUGAAUUUAGAGUAGAUUAUCUAUUGUUUGUCCCAAAAAACAAAAAAAAAACAAAUGUUUCUACAUGCCAAUAAGGACGUUUUGUUGAUGUGUACAAUAAGGAUAUUUUGUUCAAAUGACAUGUUUUCUUCAAUGGAUCAGUGCUAGUAGCCUAAACAUUCCCUUUCUCAUGUGUGCUACUGCUGCGUUUGAAUUGCAUAUAAUAUACAUUACAAGAAGACGCCGAUAAUAGCUAAUGAUAUUAGUAGCAAUGGUUUAAUAUGCUGCGCGGAAGUUGAUAAGAAUGAUAAUGCUACUACAGGAUCACUGUUUUUCGAGUCUGCAGGUUCCUUGGGUUGUCAUACGUUUCUAUUUAA